AUGAGUAAAAGAGAAGCUGCUAAGAAACAUGCCAAUUCAGCUUUGAAUCAUUUAUAUAAAUAUACUUCUGAGUAUUCGGAUGAUGGAGCGAAUGAUUCCAAUAGACGUCUCGCUUCAGGUGCGGCUGCGAGUCUUUUCGGUAUGGGAUUGGAUGCCUUCCAAGGAAAGGAUAAAGUCAAAGACUUCGAUGAGUAUCUGAUUGACUUGGAUACGAAGUCAGCUAGUAAAACGUCACACUUUACCGAUAGGCUUUUGGAAAAAUUAAUAAAUAAUGCUAUGGCUGAAGAUGAUCCGGAGAAGUUGAUCUUGGAGCAGAAGUUCAAGGACCCAGAAAGAGCCAAUCGUCCAAAUCUUUCCAUUAAGAUAUUGAUUUCCAAUUUCAAGAACUUGGCAAGUAGAAUGUCGUUGUUAUUCGAACUCCAGUAUGGGAUAAUUCAUAUAGUGACGUGGAAACGCCCAGCCAAGACCUUGAGUGUAUUAGUCUUGUACACGUGGAUAUGUCUUUGGCCACAUCUUAUAUUGGCAUACCCCUUACUAUUUUUGAUUUUUUCAGUAAUGAUCCCUGGAUACCUAUACAGACACCCAGAGAGAACGCCAGAGUUCAUAAAAGUGAAGAAGCGUGGUGAAACAAUCUUUGAAUUCUUGAGUCAAUCACACGCAAAUGAAAGAAGCAUCUUAGAGGAUAUUAUGAGAGAUGUGGAGGGGGAGGAAAAAGUAGACAAUAUGAAAGAUUACGAUAAGGCAUUGGACCAUAAAAAGAUGAAGAAGAACAGUGAAGACCCCACGACAGCUGAUGUAGCAGAGCCUGAUGAUUCAGAAAGUAUUCAGCCUGUUAAAAGUGCUUCCUCUGAAAUCUCGGACGACGAGACCAAAGACGAGAAGAAGGCAAGCAAAAGAUCAAAAUCACGUUUUACCUCUCAAAUCACCCUCUUAAUGAACAUGAAGGACCUUCAAAACCUCACUACAGACAUAAUAGCAGGCUACGAUCAGGCGGAAAUCUUCUGGUACCAGACCGGUGGAUUUAAAGACGAAACGUUAAGUACCCUCAUCUUCUACGUGAUGAUAGUACUUACCGGAGUUGUCCUUUUCUUUGGACCUUAUAUCCCUUGGAGAAUUAUCUUCAUCCUGUCUGGGUGGGCCAUCCUUCUCAUUGCUCACCCAGGCUCUGCCAAGCACAUUAAGAAAUUCCAACAAAAACCAUCCACUAAGAGAAGGACCGUAGAAGUCAAAGAAACAAUAGAAAGAGUUGAAAGGCAAGAUAUCAUUAUAGAUGACUCUGCUGAGGUAAAGAAAGUUGAAGUUUUUGAAUUACACAGGAAAAACAUGACUGGCAAUGGUUGGUCAUUUUACUGCUACACAAAUACAUUGUUUGAUAUAAAAGAUCAUAUGAGAACCUCCGGAAAGAGACCGGAAGGCGUUGAACAUUUAGGUAAAAUUCAACCACCAAAGGAUUGGAAAUUUGAUAUUGGCUAUGUCAAUGAAUGGGUUACUGAUUUAGAGCCAACUACUUUCAUCGCCAGCAGAUCUUUAGAUGAAAGCAGUUUCUUCAUACCAAACGGAAAGCAUGAUGGUUGGAUAUACGAUAAUGUAGAAGAUCUGGAUUCAAUGUAUCAAUUUAGAAGAAGACGAAUGUCGAGAGACUGUUUUAGGUAUUCUAGAGCUCCAAAAGAGCCUAAAAGACAAAAACAUUAA